GUAGAGGAACUUUAUCUAACGUUAAAUUCUCGCGUGUUUUAAAAUUUCAUCGUUAAUCUCUCUCCCAUUCGUUUACCUUUGACAGUUCAUGAAGAAAAAUAGUUUUAGAAUAAAAUAUGUCGUGCGUUUAUAUAUUGAAGUGUUUUAUUUUACUGAUCAGUUUCCACGUACAUAAUGUAUUUUCAAUGGAACAAAAUUGCAAGAAUUUAAGUGCAACCAUCAUGGAAUGCAGUAAUCAUAUUCCAAAGGAUAUAGCGGAUACAGUGGAACAUGUGAAGCUAGUUGAUAUUAAUACAAAAGAUAUUUCUCUCAGCUAUAGCUCAUUUACAGGAAAAGGAUGGUAUUUAUUAAAACAAUUGGAAAUAUCGACAUUAGAUGCUCCAUUAGGAUGGAUAAUCCUUUAUAAUAACACGUUUAGCAGUUUGCUUUCCCUUCAGAUUCUUCACUUAUCUAUGCCGGGUCUGAAAAGUACUGAAAAGACAGCUUUUGUUGGACUGAUUAAUCUUACAGAACUGGUGAUUAAAGGAUGUAAAAGGCUUUCAUCCUUUUAUCUUUUGCAAAUGUUGAAAGACGAAAAUUCGAUGCCGAAUUUAAAUAUCUUAAAAAUUGACAGUCUUAAUAAGAUGGCGAAAGAUCCUUGGAAACUUACAAAUCUUGACAAAGAGUUCUUCAAAGCAUUAGCCGUAAGGAACAUUACAGAUUUCUCCGCUAGGAAUAUGUACAUAGGAAUAGUGGAUGUCGAAGCACUUAUUUUAGUAUGCGACACAUUAAAAACACUAGAUUUUUCUCAUUCAUCAUUCUAUCUUUUUGCUGCAACCCCCACACCUUGCAAUUCUCUAAGACAUCUUGUUCUUAACAGUAUACAGCCACAAAAUAAAUGGGACAACUUGAAUGUCGAAAACAUACACGGACGAGUAAAAUUGUACGAUAAAUUUUACUUCUUUAAAAACAUUGUAAAUCUGAAUUACGACAAUUUCUUUACAAAUGUGUCUAUAGUAAAGAAUACUUUUUUGCAUGUUCAAUGUCUGGAUGAAUUCAAUUUUAAAGAGAUAUCAGUACAAAACAACUUAUUUCGGAACCUCGACGUGGUUCUAAAAGCAGAUUUAUUGUUCAAAAAGUUAGAGAAACUUGAACUACAAGGCAAUACAUUAGAGUAUUUGAAUGGAGGAAUUUUCACAAGUAUGUCUUCCUUGAAAACGUUAAACAUGUCAAAUAAUAGGAUUGAUGUCAUGCAAAAAAUAAAUUCCUCGGAUUUUGAGAAUAUUCUUUAUCAUCUAAAGUCCUUGAAAAUAAUAGAUCUUUCUAAUAAUGGACUCACAUUUUUACCAAGUAAAACGUUCAAAAACAACCCUCAAUUGACUCUAUUAUAUUUGUCAAACAAUCGACUGGGACAAAUAACCCUAAGUUCAACAUUUUCCUUAUCAUUAGUUGAUCUACAAAGUAACGCAAUAACACACUUGGACCAAAAAAGCCGUCAGUGGUUUGACGAAAAAUUCCAGUACAACAAAACUUAUACAAAAUUCGUUGCAAAUUUGUACGGGAACCCGUUUCAGUGCAUAUGCAAAUAUGAAACAUUUUUACAAUGGAUAGUACAUACACCUCUCGUCGGAAACCCAUCACAAACUAUAACAUGUUCGGACCAUGAACAUGAUAAAAAAAUAACUGUUCAGUUUACUAAAAAUCUGAAUAAAGAAUGUCAAAGGGCAACAAGGCUUAGAAAUAUGGCAAUUGUUUCAUCCAUAACUAUAAUUACUGUUAUCGUAACAACUGUAAGCACGGUUGCAGUUUGCAAACAUCGAAGAAAGAAAUUAAGACAAAAACGAACAAGAGAAGAAAUUGUGGCUCAAAUUCAGGACAAUAAUUACCAUUUUCAGUAUCCUGUUUUUCUGUCAUAUAGCAACGAGGAUGUUGAUCUUGUCAUGGAACAUGUGUACCCAGAUCUCGUCGGUCACUUAAGACGUAUGUUUGAUACACCGAGAGACUUGGUUUGCACUGGCGACCGUAAUUUCCGGCCAGGGCGAACUAUUUUUGACGAAAUUGAUAAUUGUCUUAAUAUCAGCGCUAUUGCUAUUUGCGUCGUUUCACACCAGUUUUGUCAAAGCAAUUUUUGUAAAUAUGAAUUUGAACAAGCUUUUGCUUUGAAGAAACCCAUCAUGCUAAUUUUCAUAGAAGAAGUUGACGAACAGGACAUGUCACUUCUCAUUAAACAACAUUUCAAUAAUUACACGAGAAUAAGUUUACGUUUUCAUAAUGGUGAUGUUAUCAUUACACCGAAUUGGGAAAGAGUUUGUGAAUCUAUUCUUGAUUUCUUACCAAAGUAAAUCAAAUUAGCUAUCAAAUAUAUGAGACACAAUAGCAACAAAAUAAGACUAAUUAGAAGUUGUUUCAGUCUUGGAUUAUAUAUACAACAAAAUGUCAGAUUAAUGAACUUGA